AUGACCGCCCUCAUCACGAAGCAACGGUACAACUGGAUGGGGUACGAUGGCAUCGAGUCGGUGGAAUGCGAUACGGCCCUCCUGCGCUCCGAUAACGGACCGGCGAAUAACUACAACUACAUGCAUCGCCAGCAAGUGACUAUGGAGCUGAAGGAGCGCCUCUACCGUGUCAAGCGUGACCUCGGCCUCAUCCCCGAGGAGGAGCUGCGCGCUGAGCAGGAGGCCAUCGAGCGCCGUCGCAUGGAGAAGCAGCGUCGUGAAGAAGAAGAGCGCAUGCGCAAGGAGGCUGAGGAGGUCGCCCUUGCCGAGGAGAUGGAGCGCCGGCGUCUGGAGGCGGAAGAGGCGGAAGAAGUCGAGGAGAGGGCCAGCAUCCAGGAUGCCGCGGCCCAAUCAAAUGACGAUCGCAAGCGCUAUAUGGACGACAGCGACGAGGAUAGCGACGGGGGGGACGGCACCGAUGAACAGAGUGCCAUCCUCGUAGCUAUGCUCCGCACGCAGGAGGAAAUCAACAGCGCCGUCAGGGGCUUUACCCAGGGUACCCGUAUGAUGCUCGCCUCCUCUGGCAGCGGCUACGUCAGCUACCUCGACGGGAGCGUACACUUCACAAUCGCCAAUGUCGAGAUGUACAACGCCGCCAAGCGGGAGAAGGUGAUGGAGGCCCUGGCCGGCACCAACGUUUCCGUGCCUACCGCCGAGGAGUACUCGCUGGGGGAGGUGCGGCAGGCGAUCGAGGCCCGCGACAUGGCGCGUAAGAAGCUGGACGUCAUCCGCGCUUUCCAGGACCUCACGUACACGGCGCGCAUCCGCACGACCGAGAAGGACGCUUACGACACCCCGUUGCAGCAAGUGACGGAGGAAGACGGUGACAUGUCUGCCCUGGUCGCCAACUGCGAGGACACGAAGCGGUUUGCUGAGAGUGUGCGCAAGGCGUACAACGCGAAGGCUGCGGCGAGCGGCCAUGCCCUCUCGUGUGCGCUCUGCAUGUGCCCCGUCGCUGCCGACCAGGCAAGUACACCCCAGGCCCAGGCCACUGUUGGGGAUGAGAUGGACAACGCAGAAGACGGGGUGCCGAAGAACACUGGCAACAAGUCGCCCACGUCGGCGCCGUAG